GAGUCAAGGCCAGAGCAGUAGAUGCUUUAAUCCUCGCACCCUCUUCCGCUGUCCCACAAGGUCCCAGCCAACUCGAUACAGAUUUUCUUCCUGAGUCUAGAAGGACAUAUUCCCCUAAGUGCUAGAGAGGACAACAGAGAAUUGCUGUUACGGACAUCUUCCAUUUCACUCCUGGCAGCUGGAUCAGAAGAUGCCUCUGUUCCUGCUGUUCACCUUCCUCUCCACCACAGUCACCUUGGUAUCACCCAUGGCACUGGAUCCUUGUUCUGCUUAUAUCAGUCUGAAUGAGCCCUGGAGGAACACUGACCACCAGUUUGACGAGUCCCAGAAUCAACCUCUUUGCGACAACCAUAUGGAUGGGGAGUGGUAUCGCUUCACAGGUAUGGCAGGGGAUGCCAUGCCCACCUUCUGCAUACCAGAAAAUCACUGUGGGACCCAUGCACCUGUCUGGCUCAAUGGCAGCCACCCGCUAGAAGGGGAUGGCAUUGUACAACGACAGGCCUGUGCCAGCUUCAAAGGGAACUGCUGUUUGUGGAACACCACAGUGGAGGUCAAGGCCUGCCCCGGAGGCUACUACGUGUAUCGGCUGGCCAAGCCCAGUGUCUGUUUCCACGUCUACUGUGGCCAUUUCUACGACAUCUGUGAUGAGGAUUGUCAUGGCAACUGCUUGGAUAGCACCGAGUGCGCAUGCUCUCCCGGAACCUCGCUGGGUCCAGACGGGCAGACUUGCUUCGACGAAAAUGAAUGUGAGCACAACAACGGUGGCUGCAGUGAGAUCUGUGUGAACCUCAAAAACUCACACCGCUGUGCCUGCGGGGUCGGCCGCGUGCUCAGGAGCGACGGAAAGACUUGCGAAGACAUCGAAGGGUGUCACAACAACAACGGUGGCUGCAGCCAUUCCUGCCUUGCAUCUGAGAAGGGCUAUCAGUGUGAAUGUCCCCGGGGUUUGGUGCUGUCUGAAGAUAACCACACUUGCCAAGUCCCCGUGUUGUGCAAGUCCAGCGCCAUUGAAGUAAGUGUCCCCCGGGAGCUGGUUGGAGGCCUGGAGCUCUUCCUGACCAACACCUCCUGCCGAGGAGUGUCCAACGGCACCCACGUCAACAUCAUCUUCUCCCUCAAGACCUGCGGCACCGUGGUUGACGUAGUGAAUGACAAAAUCGUGGCCAGCAACCUCGUGACGGGUCUGCCCAAGCAGACCCCUGGGAGCAGCGGGGACAUCAUCAUUCGGACCAGCAAACUCCUGAUCCCGGUGACCUGCGAGUUCCCACGCCUGUACACCAUCUCGGAAGGAUAUGUGCCCAACUUGCGCAACACCCCACUGGAAAUCAGGAGCCGAAACCACGGCAUCUUCCCCUUCACACUGGAGAUCUUCAAGGACCACGAGUUCGAGGAACCGUACCGGGAGACUCUGCCCACACUCAAGCUUCGCGACUCACUCUACUUUGGCAUCGAGCCCCUGGUGCACGUGAGCGGCCUAGAGAGCCUGGUGGAGAGUUGCUUUGCCACGCCCACUGCGAAGAUGGAUGAAAUCCUCAAGUACUAUCUGAUCCAGGACGGCUGUGUUUCCGAUGACUCCGUAAAGCAGUACUCAUCCAGGGACCACCUAGCAAAGCACUUCCAAGUCCCUGUCUUCAAGUUCGUGGGCAAAGACCACAAGGAGGUAUUUCUGCACUGCCGUGUCCUCGUGUGUGGGAUGCUAGAUGAGCGUUCCCGCUGUGCCCAGGGGUGCCACCGGCGAGUGCGUCGUGAGGCGGGUGAGGACGAGGACUCUGCUGGGCUGCAGAGCCAGACACUGACGGGCGGCCCCAUCACCAUCGACUGGGAGGACUAGUUCCUGCUCCCUUGCUUCCAGUCAUCCUCCCCUCUAGAACAACGUCCUGGGUCCCCGGAGAACAUCAGAGAACCUCCUAAUGCAGCUGGCUUCUUUAAAUCAUGGACUGUGAGUUUAGACAACCCCACCCCGUGAAGGGACUGACUGGCUGGUUUUGUCCCUGGGGUGGUCCAAAUCACCGCUGGCCGGUGUGGCCUAGGUGAGCCUCAGCUUCUGGAUUCAAAGAACUGCGCUUGUCCUCAGGGAAAGCCACCUCCCUCAUUUCCUCCAUUCCUUUCUUACAAUUGAAAUACCUCAUUUAUGGUAUCACAGGGCCACUCAUGUAAGGAGCUGGGAAUGACAUUCCAAGUCAGAAACCUAAAAUAAUGAAUUACUAAGAGUAUCACCCAUGACCCCCUAACUAUGUAAUAAUUGUGACCUAAAAUUCCAACCCCAAUAUAGAAUAUUCAGAGGGGAUUUGAAAGUCUGUCAAUAAAAGAAUGUGUAAGAGAAAACACAAUAGGUUGAACAUCGCAAAGUAACUUUUAGUGUUUUCCUAUUGCCUUGGGUGAAAUGUCUUCACCUAAAAAUACAUUCAUAAGGUGCUUAAGGGCACUGGCUGCUCUUGUGGAGGACCAGGGUUCGAUUCCCAGCACCCCACGGUAGCUCACAACUGUCCACAACUCUGGUUCCAGGGAUCCAAGGGCCACUUCUGAACUCCCGUGGCACCAGACAUAUAUGUAGGCAAAACACUCAUAUAUCUAAGUAAAAUAAAUUAAUUUUUUAAAUUAUCAGAAUGCAUGUAAGUAGUUCAAUGGCUAUACUAUAAGAAAAACUAAAAUUUGGCCCCAUAUUCCCUGAUUAUUAGUGUUCUGUGCCCUUGGUUAGAUAAGACAAUAGGAAAAGGUAUACAGUCAGAUCAUACUCUUACUUUGCAGGUGCUCAACAAACUUUACUGAAAUAAAUAUCAACUAUAAA